AUGUCAGGCACCGCCGAUAAGAACGCGAAAGAUGGCCCUGCGACAAGUUCGCAGCCAUACGCUGCCGAGGGGCGACCCGAUGAAGAAGUCGGCAUCGUCAACAAAGGAGGACGGCUUCACACGGAUCUCCAGGGUCGCCAUAUGCAAAUGAUUGCAAUAGGUGGUGCUAUCGGGGCUGGUCUAUUUAUCGGGUCUGGGAGUGCUCUGUACUCUGGCGGACCGGCGGCAUUGGUCAUUGGGUACAUCAUUGUGGGAAUCAUGUUGCUGUUUACAAUGCAGGCCCUCGCCGAGCUAGCUGUUCUGUAUCCCGUAAAUGGUGCCUUCUACACAUACGUCGUCCGAUUCGUUGAUCCGUCUUGGGGAUUCGCCAUGGGAUGGGACUACGCGAUCGCAUGGCUCACGGUCCUCCCUUUCGAGUUAAUAGCCGCCGGUAUCACGAUCGAGUUUUGGCGACCCGACCUCAAUGUAGCUAUAUGGGUUACGGUCUUCCUAAUCGUCCUAAUUCUGAUUCAAAUAUUCGGUGUACGCGGUUAUGGUGAAGUCGAGUUCGUCCUCAGUAUGAUUAAAAUCGCGGCCUGCACCGGUUUCAUUAUUUUAGGCAUCGUCAUAAACUGUGGCGGAGUUGGCGACAGGGGCUACAUUGGCGCGAAAUACUGGUAUGACCCCGGCGCAUUCAAGAACGGAUUCAAUGGGUUCGCGGGAGUCUUCGUCGUUGCUGCCUUUGCCUUCGGCGGCACCGAGCUAGUCGGUCUGGCAGCGGCCGAAUCAGUCAAUCCACGAAAAGCGAUCCCUAUGGCUUCUAAACAAGUCUUCUUCCGAAUCGCCUUUUUCUACAUAAUUAACCUAUUCAUUCUUGGGCUGAUUCUACCAAACAACGAUGAGCGCUUGAAGAAUUCGUCUGGUGCUAACUCUAGCUACUCACCUUUCGUUCUUGCAAUCGAGGACGCUGGUAUCGCAGUCUUGCCGUCUAUAUUCAACGCCGUAAUCACCAUCUCAGUCAUCAGCGUCGCGAACUCAUGUACCUUCGGCUCAACCCGUACAAUGCAAGCCAUGGCGGAGCGAGGCAUGGCACCGAAAUUCCUAUCCUACAUCGACAAAGCCGGGCGACCGAUAUGGUGUGUUGUCGUUCAACUAGCAUUCGGUCUCUUAGGCUACAUCGGUGUCGCAUCAAAAGGGCUAGACGUCUUCACAUGGCUACUCUCACUCUCCGGUCUAUCAUAUUUCUUCGUAUGGGGUUCAUGCUGUCUAGCACACAUCCGGUUCCGACUCGCGUGGAAGGCCCAAGGGCGAAGUCUUAAGGAGAUCCCGUACCGACCACCACUAGGAAUCUGGGGUAGCGCUAUUGGCCUGUUCCUCAACUUCGUAUGUCUGAUAGCGGCUUUCUACAAUGCCCUCUAUCCUAGCCCCGAUGCUCAACCCGAUCCGUCCGCAUUCUUCCAACAAUACCUCGCAGCGCCUAUUGUCAUCGUUUUAUACCUAUUCUGGAAAGUCUGGUCUAGAGAUUGGCAACCAUGGGUUAAGCUCAACGAUAUCGACCUAGAGGUCGGCGCUCGUAUACUAGAAGUCGAGGAUGAAGAUGAGGAAAUGGAAAAGAGAACAUGGGCUAACUUGCCUUUGCGUGCCGUCAGGGCAGUAAUGUAA